AUUGUCGCCGUGGAAAUUCUCUCCGGUCUCUGCUUCGUGCCAGAAGACGGUCAUUCCAAAGUGCUCACAGCUCUCACACAGGUGUCCGCAGUGCUCGGAGAGCGAACUCGUUUCCAAACACUCGUCAGUGAACUUCACAGAAGCUAUCCAUCGGAGAAGGAAACUGAUCGGACGCGGAUCGCGAUUCUCGGUCUGAUCAACGCUUUGCUUCGGACAGGACAUGCUGAG